GGAGGCGCAUUGCGCAGACGCAGCUGGUCGGCUCCUUUCCCCCUGGCGCUUCUGCCCAGCUCUGGCGGACAAGUCUCGACAUCGUGCGCCCCCCCCCCCACCUCCGGGACCGCUCCCUCCCCCUUCUCGGCGUAGUCGAAGAUAAACAAUAGUUAUCCGGCGAGCGCCGAGUGUGUAUCCCGCCGCCGCAUUCGGCGGGCUGCGUGGGACCGGCGGGAUCUCGGCCAGCCUGCCAUGGCGGGGCUGUACUCUCUGGGAGUGAGCGUCUUCUCAGACCAGGGCGGGAGGAAGUACAUGGAGGACGUUACUCAGAUCGUGGUGGAGCCCGAGCCCACGGCUGAAGAAGAGCCCUCGCCGCGGCGGUCUCUCUCUCAGCCGUUGCCUCCGCAGCGGUCACCGCUGGCUCUUCCUGGCGGCGAAAUCUCGGGGAGAGGCCCGGCGGUGGCAGCCCGAGAGGCUCGCGACGCGCCGCCGGACGCCGGGGCCUCGCCGGCUCCCGGCUGCUGCUGCCGCCGCCGUUCCUCGGUGGCCUUUUUCGCCGUGUGCGACGGGCACGGCGGGCGGGAGGCGGCACAGUUUGCCCGGGAGCACUUGUGGGGUUUCAUCAAGAAGCAGAAGGGCUUCACCUCUUCCGAGCCGGGGAAGGUGUGCGCUGCCAUCCGCAAAGGCUUCCUCGCUUGUCAUCUCGCCAUGUGGAAGAAACUGGCAGAAUGGCCAAAGACUAUGACAGGUCUUCCCAGCACGUCAGGGACAACUGCCAGUGUGGUCAUCAUACGGGGCCUGAAGAUGUAUGUAGCUCAUGUGGGUGACUCAGGGGUGGUUCUUGGAAUUCAGGAUGACCCAAAGGAUGAUUUUAUCAGAGCUGUGGAGGUGACACAGGACCAUAAGCCAGAACUUCCCAAGGAAAGAGAACGAAUUGAAGGACUUGGUGGGAGCGUGAUGAACAAGUCUGGGGUGAAUCGUGUAGUUUGGAAACGACCUCGGCUCACUCACAGUGGACCUGUGAGAAGGAGCACAGUCAUUGACCAGAUUCCAUUUCUGGCAGUAGCAAGAGCACUUGGUGAUUUGUGGAGCUAUGAUUUCUUCAGUGGUGAGUUUGUGGUGUCACCUGAACCAGACACAAGUGUCCACACUCUUGAUCCCCAGAAGCACAAGUAUAUUAUCUUGGGGAGUGAUGGUCUUUGGAAUAUGAUUCCACCUCAGGAUGCCAUCUCAAUGUGCCAGGACCAAGAGGAGAAAAAAUACUUGAUGGGUGAGCAUGGACAGUCUUGUGCCAAAAUGCUUGUGAAUCGAGCUCUAGGCCGCUGGAGGCAGCGUAUGCUUCGAGCGGAUAAUACUAGUGCCAUAGUAAUCUGCAUCUCUCCAGGAGUGGGCACUCAGGGAGAUUUCACCAAUGAAGACGAGCUCUAUCUGAACCUGACUGAUAGCCCUUCCUACAAUAGUCAAGAAACCUGCGUGAUGACUUCUUCUCCGUGUUCUACACCACCAGUCAAGUCACUGGAGGAGGACCCAUGGCCAAGGCUGAACUCUAAGGACCACAUACCUGCCCUUAUUCGUAGUAAUGCCUUCUCAGAGAAUUAUUUAGAAGUCCCAGCUGAGAUAGCUCGAGGGAAUGUCCAGGCUGCAGUCGUAUCCUCAAAAGAUCCAGAGGCACUUGAAGAAAAUUGCACUAAAGCCCUGACUUUAAGGAUACAUGAUUCUUUGAAUAACAGCCUGUCAGUUGGCCUUGUGCCUACCAAUUCAACAAACACCAUCAUGGACCAAAAAAAUUUAAAGAUGUCGAUCCCAGGUCAAAUGAAAGCUCAAGAAGUUGAAAGAACCCCUCCAACAAACUUCAAAAGGACAUUAGAAGAAUCCAACUCUGGCCCUCUUGUGAAGAAGCAUAGACGGAAUGGUUUAAGUCGAAGUAGCGGUGCUCAGCCUGCAAGCCUCCCCACAAACGCACAGCGAAAGAACUCUGUUAAACUUACCGUGCGGCGCAGACUUAGGGGCCAGAAGAAAAUUGGAAAUCCUUUACUUCAUCAGCACAGAAAAACUGUUUGUGUUUGCUGAAAUAUAUCUGGAAUUUUUUUUUUUCCAAACAUCUAAGAGGGCUUUUUGAAUUUGGUGCCGAAGUUGAACUUUUUUUAAGGGGACAAAAUAAAAAUAGUAUACAGUUUGACUUUUUGGAAUUCAACAGUUUUAUCCUGGCCUGGUACUUGCUUGUAUUAUAAAUGUGAAUUUUGUAGAUGUUAGGGUAUAAGUUGCUAUAAAAUGUGUGUAAAUUUGUAUCCUUCACACAAACUCAGUCUCUUACUCUGAUACACAGUAAAUGUAACAACAGGGCUAAAGGUUUAAAAAAAAAAUCAAAAGAAUCUAUUCGAUUUUAGAAAUACAUUUAAACUUUUAAAAAUGCUUAUUAAGAAAUUUGUAUAAGUCACUUGUGAUGAAAACUACACAACUUUUUAAAGUAAAUUAUGAAGCAAACUGGAAAAGUGAUGUAUUUUCAUAGUGACCUGUGUUCCACUUAAUGUUUCUUAGAGACAACUAGUGUCUUUUAAAAAUUAUUCUUUAUUUCUGAUUUCAUAAUUCAGAACUAAAUUUUUCAUAGAAGCAGAAGUGUUGAGCCAUGCAAAAGCAGCUGGGUUUCAGUCUCCUUGUCCUAAUUAAAAUACUAUGCAGUAUCUCUUAUUUCAUUCAGUAGCAUUUUUUCUGAACAUUAAUCAUCAGAUUUGCUCACCAAAUCUUUGAAGUAGAAGGAGGUAGGUUUGCCUAAAAAGAUGCCCUUCUCAAUCAUCCCAGACAUUCAGUGGCAUUAGUAGGUCUUAAAAGUAGCUAUAUCCUCUUCUAGUGUUUGCAUAAAAUAUGUGAAGUUUUUCUUGCUAUGUCAAUAACAGAUGGUGCUGCUAAUUCCCAACGUUUCUUAAAUUAUUUUAUAUAUCCUAUGGUUUUCAUUGAUUAUAUGGACAUGUUUGUUCAUCUAAUAAAAUCAGUGAACUGUUACUGAUGUUGCUG